AUGAAGGAUUCUGAGGAAGCUCAUGAAGAUAGACCUGGAGUCCCACAGAAUAACAUUGUUUUCCUGGCGAACUGGGCUUUCCCACACAUUCAGCCCGCCAAUGUCAUGACCCGUGCUCGCCGCGUACAUGCAAUGCACACGGGUCCUGCCCACCAGAGAGCUAUUGCAAGAAUGUCUGCAAAUUGUUUUCACCAGUUCUGGCGGGCUCCAUGGCAUAAGGUCGCCAAGCGUCUCGCCAGGCUUGUCAUCCAGAUUUCCAUCCCAUGCUUGAGCUUUUUGUCGCCGGUAAAUCAUAGGAAUGGUGUCUGCGGCAGCUACAUGGGCCUGCUACUAUAUGGUGCUUAUCGAAAGUGGGCCCAUCCCGCUUGCCUGAUUGUAUUUGGGCCCACACUCAUUGCCUGGUUACACAUCCUAGGCCCAUCGUAUGCACGGCAGCAGGCUCCAGGCCUGCCAGUGCUUUACGCAAUCACGGCCCAUCCUGAUGGGGAAUGUCACUACCCGGGCCCACCCAUGGCCAUUUCAGCCAUGUCCAAGGCCCACCACUGUGUUCGGAACUCACGGAUGGGCCCAUGCUAUUCAGCGGACAUUACACGGGCCCAUGCAGAAGGAGGAAGUCAUUGGCCGGGCCCGCUUGUGGCCGUUGUGACAUCUGCCGUGGCCUGCCCGUACCGUGCGCUAACUGGGGCAGGGCCUAACACAUGCGUCAAAUUUCCGGCCCACCUUCCCACAUACCUCAGAAGGAUGGGCCCAUCCAAGCCAUUGGCUGUCGUGAGGGCCGACUGCCUACAGACAUACAUCACCUGGGCCCACCCACACCGAAGGUACAGGAGCAUGGGCCUGCCCGUCCACUCGGAUACCGGAGCCAAGCCCAUCCGUGAAACCAAUGUGGGCCCACCAAUGGACGAAAUGGCCGUUUAUUUGCUGGUGUUCGGUCACAGCUGUAUGGACGUGCCGAUGGCAUUGCCAACCUGA